AAACAAUUAGUUCACACCGUAUAGCGAGGUGUUUGCCUUUGCGAAAUCCAGUUUUUUCCUGUCUCCUCUCUCUCCUUCUUUGUUUACAGUUUCCCCGUCUCCUCUCUCCUUCUUCGUACUCGUACACAGUGUCGACUGUCGAGCACCAUCACCACCGCCGCCACACAGCUGCCACCUUGGAGUUUAAAUUGGCGCUUAGUUUAUUCAAACUUUGAUUCAUUAUACCUUGCCGGAGAUAUGGGGAUGAAACGAUCCAGCUACCCAAUUUCUAAACCAUUAGGAUCUAGUGUGAAGGCCCAAAAUAUUACAAAAGAGUUUCCCCAAAAGAUUCAACCGCAAGACAUCUUAUGGCUUUGUUUGCUACCUGAGAAAGAGCUUGACGUGCUACUUCUUUUGAAGUCUCUGGUCAUCGAACGUGCAACAUAUGUUGGUCAUGAGCACAUAGCUAAGAAAUUUGACUUGAGAAUGCUUCAAAAGCUUCACCGUCAUUUGAUGGAUGGUGAUACCAAUAAGCUGAGUUCGGAACUCGUCAAUACUGAAUUCUUUAUCGAUCAAAACGAAGAUCUGGAAGGAGGACAGAUUGAAGAUAAUGACAAGACCCAAGCUAGUCUAAUUUUACGCCUCUCUAAAAUGGGGAAGGACACAUUGAGAUGGGUUAAAAACCUUCUGGAAGAAGGCCUCAUAUAUUCAUCAAAUCAUAGGAAGCAUCUGGUUUUGGAUUUUGGUUUCAAAUAUUCUCCUUCUUCACAUGAUUUGCGGACAACGGGUUCAAGUAUCAUCGACACAGUGUAUAUCCUCGGUUUGGUGGUCGAAAUAACUGGAAUUACAAUGGUAAUCAUCAAAGUUGGAAUAAUGGAUGGCACAGUGGUAACGGUCGUGGCAGUAACAAUUUUCAGCCUUCUGGUGGAUACCAAAAUCAGUCUUAUGGACGCUCAUCCUAUGGUCGUGGCAAUAAUAUUGGAUCUUUUCUUGGUCCGCCACCUCAAUCUUCAGUUAUUACUUGUCAAUGGUGUAACACAAAGGGACAUACGGCACAGACUUGUCGUCGCCUAACUCAAACACCAAAUUUUGACCUUCCACAGGCCUUCUCAGCAAUGCAGAUUCAACAAAUGUCGCAUGAAAAUCAAUGGUUUGCCGACACAACUGCCUCUGCCCAUAUGAAGUCUGAUUCAUCUCAAAUGACAAAUCGUCUUGACUACAAUGGUAAUGAUACAGUGCUUGUUGGUGAUGGUAAACUAUUGCCUAUUACAGGAAUUGAUGAUGUGCAUCUUACCUCACCUUCUUCUCGGUUAACUCUGAAAAACACGCUUCAUGUUCCUUCUCUUGCUAAGAAUUUAGUGUCUGUUGGGAAACUAACACGUGAUUCUGACUGUGUUUUUCAAUUUGAUCGUUAUGGAUUUUGUAUACAAGAUCGGCUAACGGGAGCUCUCCUAUACAAAGGCAAGAAUGAAGCUGGAUUGUACCCUAUCAUCUCUAGUGCUUCCUCUCAAUCUCAGUCAUCAUCUGUCCCAGCUUCCUCCGCUACUACCAUUGGCAUUCACACUAGUCCAACAGUGUGGCAUAUGCGCUUAGGUCAUCCAAACAAUGCAGUUUUUCAGUCUCUUAUGUCAAGUUUAUCACUAGAUUCUAGUUCCUCUUUUACUAGCUCUAUUUGCUCUAGUUGUGCUGGUGCUAAGCAUCAUCGUCUUCCUUUUUCUUCUCGAACUACUUAUUCUAAUAAAAUUGACACUGUUAUACA